ACUUCUUCGCGCGUCGUACCGAACGCACUGUAUGGCGUGUUUCCGCGGUGGAUUGUGGGAAAGAGUCUAUCUCCGGCCAAAAUGUCUGACAUGGAAGAUGAUUUCAUGUGCGAUGAUGAGGAGGAUUAUGACCUGGAAUAUUCAGAGGACAGCAAUUCUGAACCGAAUGUUGAUUUGGAGAAUCAGUACUACAACUCCAAAGCCCUCAAAGAAGAUGAUCCUAAAGCAGCCCUGAGCAGUUUUCAGAAGGUGCUGGAACUGGAGGGAGAAAAGGGAGAAUGGGGUUUCAAAGCACUGAAACAGAUGAUUAAGAUCAACUUCAAACUAACAAAUUUUCCUGAAAUGAUGAACCGGUACAAACAGUUGUUGACGUACAUAAGAAGUGCUGUCACCAGAAAUUACUCUGAGAAAUCUAUCAACUCUAUUCUAGAUUAUAUUUCAACUUCUAAACAGGUAUUUGUUACACUAAACUUGUUCAGUGAGCACAAUUUUAAUAAAAAAAAAAGAUAUCUAAUAUUUGACUUUCUUUUCCAGAUGGACUUGCUACAGGAGUUUUAUGAAACCACUUUAGAAGCUUUAAAAGAUGCAAAAAAUGACAGACUUUGGUUUAAAACUAACACCAAGUUGGGAAAGUUGUACCUGGAAAGAGAAGAAUUUGGAAAGCUGCAGAAGAUUCUCAGACAGUUGCACCAGUCAUGUCAGACGGAUGACGGAGAGGAUGAUUUGAAAAAAGGCACACAGCUGCUGGAGAUCUACGCUUUGGAGAUCCAGAUGUAUACGGCACAGAAGAACAACAAAAAGCUUAAAGCCCUCUAUGAACAGUCAUUACACAUCAAAUCAGCUAUUCCACAUCCACUCAUUAUGGGAGUCAUCAGAGAAUGUGGCGGAAAAAUGCACUUGAGGGAGGGCGAAUUCGAGAAGGCGCAUACUGAUUUUUUCGAGGCUUUCAAGAACUACGAUGAGUCAGGAAGCCCCAGACGAACCACUUGCCUGAAGUACUUGGUCUUGGCUAAUAUGCUAAUGAAGUCUGGAAUCAAUCCGUUUGAUUCGCAAGAGGCAAAACCUUACAAAAACGACCCAGAAAUCUUAGCAAUGACAAACCUGGUAAGUGCCUACCAGAAUAAUGACAUCACAGAAUUUGAGAAAAUCUUAAAGACAAAUCACAGCAACAUAAUGGAUGAUCCCUUCAUCAGAGAACAUAUUGAGGAAUUGUUAAGAAACAUAAGAACCCAAGUUCUCAUCAAAUUGAUUAAGCCUUACACUCGGAUACACAUACCUUUUAUUUCAAAGGAACUGAACAUUGAUGUCGCAGAUGUGGAAAGUUUGCUUGUGCAGUGCAUUCUAGAUAACACAAUAGAUGGUAGAAUUGACCAGGUUAACCAGCUAUUGGAGCUUGAUCACCAGAAGAGAGGCGGAGCCCGAUACACUGCUCUGGACAAAUGGACCAAUCAGCUGAACUCUCUCAACCAGGCCAUUGUUAGCAAACUGGCGUGAUUUGACAUUGACGAUUUAGGAAAACACGUUCAUCCAUCAGGCAGCAGGUUGACUGAAAGCUGUCAGUGACGUUAACAACUUCAAGCCUUUAUUUCCCCAUCAGUGAUUGACGUGAAGGGGGAGCUUUAUUUGGCUAGUUUGUUUUUUUACAGCUGUAGUCACUUAAGUCAGUUUUAAAUAUCUUUAAUAAAGCAGAGCGUCCUAUAGGACGUCUGCUCUACUGGAUUGUUCAAGUCUUUAUUAUGAAAAUGUUCUCAAUGUGGUUGCAUCUUCUAAAACAUUUACUUUAACAGCACAUAUUGGCACUUGGUUAUAAUACAUUUAAACUGCAUAUGUUGGUCUUUAAUAGGAGUUUUGAGGACAUGCUGUGUGAAAUUGAGCGUUUACCUGUAAAAACUAUUUCUGUCACGGUUGGCAUGUUUUAUGUUUUGCAUAAAAUUCAGGUGAUGAGUUUUAUGUAGACGCACAGCAGCACAAUCGUACUAUAAAUUGCAGUCGUUGCUAGAAUGCGAAACAUUACAGAUCUGUUUAAAAUGUAAUGUUGUCAGAGCUAUUCUGUUUCACUUUUCAACAAUUAAAGUUGCAUCUGGUGCUUCAGCAGAAAA